AUGGCUUUUCAACGUGCCCUGGCUCUUCUGUGCUUUUGCGUGGCAUUUGCGACUGCUGCCGGUGCUUCUCAAUUCCACAAGCGAGCUGCUCCUUUGGGAAUUCUUCCGCCGAGUCAGGAUCCUUGGUACUCUGCUCCGCCCGGGUAUGAGGACACGGAACCUGGAACUGUAUUGCGUGUGCGACCUGCGCCUGGAAACUUGACCGAGAUCACUGGAAACAGCUCUGCCACGUACAACAUCCUCUUCCGCACCACCGAUAGCCAGUAUAAGCCCACAUGGGCCGUCACCACUCUGCUCGUUCCCGAGCUUGGUCCCAAGAGCCCUGCGGCUCGCCUCUUUCACCAGGCUGCUCUUCUGUCUUACCAGGUGCCGUACGACUCUGCCGAUGUCGAUUCUAGUCCCAGCUACUCUUUGUACACCACCAAUGCGGCUGCUCCGUACGGUGCUGCCUUGGGACUCGGGCUGUUCGUCUCUGUGCCAGACUACGAAGGGCCAUUGGCUUCCUUUACUGCGGGUGUCGUCUCUGGACAUGCAACGCUUGACUCGGUCCGCGCCGUGCUCUCGCUCGGUCUGGGUCUGAACACAUCAUCGCCCCGUGUCGCGCUUUGGGGCUACUCUGGCGGCGCACUGGCUAGCGAAUGGGCCUCUGAGCUCGCAGUUCAAUAUGCACCAGACCUGUCCGAGACCAUCGUCGGUGCAGCACUGGGAGGCUUGACGCCGAAUAUCACCAGCGUCCUGGAGUCCAUCUCGGGCACAAACGCAGCCGGGUUGGCCCCAAGCUCUAUGCUGGGUCUGACGAGCCAGUAUCCCAAGGUGCAAAAGUACCUGAUCUCUCUGCUCAAGACCACAGGGCCUCAUAACAAGACUGGUUUCUUGGCUGCCAAGAAAUUCACUCUGUCCGAGGCUGGUGUCGCUUACGCGGGCGUCAAUAUCGCCGACUACUUCAAAAAAGGCUCUGCUACCUUCCGCGACCCCAAGAUUAUAAAGAUUGUCAACCGCGAUGGAAUUAUGGGCUACCACGGCGUGCCUCAAUGGCCCAUCUUUGCAUACAAGGCGAUUCAUGACGAGAUUAGCAAAGUUGCCGACACGGAUGCUCUCGUUGAAAAGUAUUGCAAUGUUGGUGCCAAUAUUUUGUACCAGAGAAAUACUCUUGGUACCCAUUCUGAGGAGGCCUACUACGGACUUUCAGCUGCUUUGGAGUGGUUGGCGGCAGUUUUAACCGGUACAUAUGCCGAGGCUUACAAGACUGAGGGGUGCACUGUUCAAAAUGUCACGAGGAACGAUACUUCGAGCCCAUUGCUGAAGCGAGACCAGGAUGUGCCAAAUGGUGUAUUUAGCCUGUGGUAA